GCCCGGCGCCUGCCCACCCCGGGGGGAGCCCGGAUGCGAGCCCGGGCUCUGGGGGCGGCUCUGCGCACGGGCAGGCGGGGGGCGUCGCGCUCCCCCUCCCCGGGCAGCGCCGGCCGGAGCGAUUAUCCCGAUUCUUCCCCCACUGUGACCUCCCGGAUGGAGAGAGGGGAAGAGCCGAGCGUCCCGGAUCUCCAGGGCUCCGAGGAAAGGGAGAUCUCAGGAGCAGAGCGGACAUCGCCGGAGGACAAACCUCCCCAGGACCCCAAGCUCGCUGGCCCCGACUGGCCGUGGGAGAACCUUUCCUGGACCCAAGCGGGCCGCCCGCCCCGCCUCGAGCCCCCGUCCUCCUCCGCCCGGCCCCCUGCCCCGCCGCAGCGCAAGGGCGAGCGCCCCUACAUCUGCAACGAGUGCGGGAAGAGCUUCACCCAGUGGUCCAAGCUGGUGCGGCACCAGCGCAUCCACACGGGCGAGCGGCCCAACACCUGCACCGAGUGCGGGAAGAGCUUCACCCAGAGCUCCCACCUGGUCCAGCACCAGCGCACCCACACCGGCGAGAAGCCCUACCGCUGCUCCGAGUGUGGCAAGAGCUUCAGCUGGAGCUCCAACCUCAUCCAGCACCAGCGCACCCACACCGGCGAGAAGCCCUACCAGUGCGGGGAGUGCGGCAAAGCCUUCAGCCAGAGCACCAACCUCAUCAAGCACCAGCGCUCCCACACCGGCGAGAAGCCCUACCAGUGCGGCGACUGCAAGAAGAGCUUCUACCGCAGCUCCGACCUCAUCCAGCACCAGAUCACCCACACCGGCGAGCGGCCCUUCAAGUGCGCCCAGUGCGGCAAAGGCUUCACCCAGAGCGCCAACCUGGUCAAGCACCAGAAGAUUCACGCUGGGGAGAAGCCCUUCCGGUGCACUGAAUGCGGGAAGACGUUCAUCCAGAGCUCGGAGCUCAUCCAGCACCAGCGCACCCACACCGGUGAGAAGCCCUACGAAUGCCUGCAGUGUGGGAAGAGCUUCGGGCACAGCGCCACGCUGGUCAAGCACCAGCGGCUGCACAUGGGGGUGGAGCCCUACAAGUGCCCCACCUGCCACAAGACCUUCGGGCUCAGCUCGGCCCUGGCCCGCCACCAGCGCUGCCACACCGAGGAGCGGCCCUACGCCUGCACCGAGUGCGGGCAGAGCUUUAGUCUCAGCUCCAACCUCACCCUGCACAUGCGGAUCCACCGGGGCGAGAAGCCCUACCGGUGCGGGGAGUGCGGGAAGAGCUUCGGCAUGAGCUCCACCCUGAUCCGGCACCAGCGGAUCCACACCGGCGAGAAGCCCUACCAGUGCGCCGAGUGCGGGAAGAGCUUCGUCCGCAGCUCCCACCUCAUCCAGCACCGCCGCACCCACACCGGCGAGAAGCCCUACCGCUGCGGGGAGUGCGGCAAAGCCUUCAGCCAGAGCUCCAACCUCAUCACCCACGAGCGCAUCCACAUGGAGGAGCGGCCCCACGUGUGCCACGAAUGCGGCCAGCGCUUCGCCGAGGAGGAAGCCCUGCAGCGGCACCAGGAGGAAGGGCAUAGUGGCGGGGCGGGAGGCAGGGGGCUCGGGGAGAGCCGGGAGGCUUGCAUCUGCAAUGAUUGCGGGAAAAGCUUUGGAGAUAGCUCAGCGCUGGCCAAGCACCAAGAGAUCCAUUCAUCUUGCAUCUGCGACGACUGUGGACAAAGCUUUGGAGAUAGCUUAGCGUUGGCCAAGCACCAGAUAACCCAUGUGUCUUGCAUCUGUAAUGACUGCGGGGAAAGCUUUGGAGAUAGCUCAGCGUUGGCCAAGCACCAGGAGAUCCAUUCAUCUUGCAUCUGCGAUGAUUGUGGGCAAAGCUUUGGAGAUAGCUUAGCAUUGGCCAAGCACCAGAUAACCCAUGUGUCUUGCAUCUGUAAUGACUGUGGGGAAAGCUUUGGAGAUAGCUCAGCGUUGGCCAAGCACCAGGAGAUCCAUUCAUCUUGCAUCUGCGAUGAUUGUGGGCAAAGCUUUGGAGACAGCGUCGCGCUGGCUGAGCACCAGGAGAUCCAUGCCCCAUGCAUAUGCCCAGAGUGCGGACAGAGCUGUAAGGACAGUGCUGCCCUCACCCGGCACCAGAUCACCCACAUGCGUGAAAAGCUUUACAAGUGCCCUGACUGUGGGCAAAGCUUUGGUGACAUCUCUGCCCUCACUCAGCACCAGAGGAACCACAUCAGGGAGAAGCUGAGGUGCCCCGAUUGCGGGCAGGGGCUUGGGGUGAGCUCGGCUCCGGCCCCGUCCAAGCCUUUCCAUGAGUGCUCGGCGGCCAGUGUCCACGAAAGAAGCCACGCCGAGGGGGAGCCCGUCCGUGACAGCUCAGAGCUUGGUGUCCACGAAAAAGGCCCCCCCAGGGCAGAACCGUCCCACGCGGCUCUGGGCGUCCAUCAAAGAGGCCGGGCCGCAGCAGAUCCCUUCCCCGAUGACUCAGCCAGCGGUGGCCGCCCGAGCUCGGGCGAAAUGGCCAGCCUCAUCCAGCGCCCGGCCACUGAACCCUACAAGUGCCACGACUGUGGCCAGAGCUUUGCUGAGGGCUCAGGUCUCUCCCGCCACCUGGCCUCCCACCCCAAGCCCUUCCGGUGCCCGCAGUGUGGGCGCGGCUUCCCGGACGUGGCAGCCCUGGCCCAGCACCGGGAGGUCCACGCUGGAGGGGAGCCGGCUGGGCUCGGGGAGAAGAGCCGCAAGAGCUGUGCUGAGAUCUCCGCCAUCCUCUUGCGCCAGGGAAACCACGUGGCCGGGCGUGGCCCACGGAGGCACGCGGCAGACGGCUCCCUUCCUCCCAGCGGCUCAGGCCUGGCUCGGCCACGCCUCCAGCCCUCGGGCCGCGGACCAGCCACGGCUGCCCGCCGGGACGGGAGGAUGUCUCUGGCACGUCCGGAAUGUGGCAAAGGCUCCCAGGGGGGCUCUGUGCUCCUACAACACCUCCAGAACCAUGUGGGGGACAGGGUGUGAAGCCCCCGAGGCCACCCGGCCACUCGAUUACACGUGUCUUUCAUCUCCUGGCCCGGGAGGAACUCAGCUGGGAACCUUCCCUCGAACUGCAGCGGCUGGGAUUUGAGAGCUGAUCCAGGGAUUGUUUUCGCCCCAUUCUCUGCUUAGCCAGGGGAACUACCUGCAACUACAUGACAGCAGAGCCUAGAAUUAAAAAUAAACUAAACUAAGGAUGUAACAUUGUGAAGGAUAAUGCGGGCAUUCAAAGGUGUGACUGUCAAUAGGACUUUUGGAAUAACUAGAGCUGGGAGACGUUUUUCGGCCAAAAAUUUUUGGGGGGUGAAACGUGCAGAUUCCAUGAAGCCGUUUGCAGUUCCUUGUCCGUUUCAGCAGAUGGUUUCGGUUGGAAAAAACCCUAAAAUCGAUCCCGAGAAAGGGAAAAUGUUUCACAGUUGUGAUUGCGGCUUGUUUCAAAACCUCCCUCGGUUUGAUUGAAAUGACAACUCAAAAGCGUUAAAAAACGACAAAAAACCAAGGCUCAGAAGCAAAAGAAAAUAUUUUGUUUCACCCCAGAUGGGAUUUUUUUCAAUUUUUGAUUUGCCGAAAAUUUCAUAAACAUUCAAUUUUGACCCAAAACCUGAAUUUUUGUUCCCCUCCAAUUUUUCAGACCUGCCAGGGAACCAAAAACUCCAUUAUUCACCCUAAAAUAAGCAAUAGUUGGAGGGGAGGGAAGGGAAACAAAAUCCACCCUACUCUGGGGUCUGAACUUUUGGGGUUUGAGUGGGAUCUUCCUUUCCCUGGGGGCAAGUUAUUCCAGAACUGGCCACCAGGGGGAGAGAGGGUUGAUCUGCCUUUCUCUGAAGCAGCUGGGACGUCACUGGUAGAGGUGGGAUACCAGAGUAGAUGGGCCCACUGCUCUGCUCUGAGGCAGCGGUUCCUUUGUUCCUCCCUGUGUGGUUCUGCCAGCUAUGGAAGAGGACCCAUGAUAUCUACUGUUGCUCCUGCUCUCGACUGGGCAGAGAUGCCAUGGGGAGGACUGGAUAUUAAAAUCAAGGAUUGGGUCUCUUUAAAAGCAAGCAGAGUGCUUGCUAUACACUGGCUCCUUGUUCCUUUCACACUCCACUGUACACUGGGUUGCAAGCCCUUUUCUGUGUCUGUGCAGUGGCUAAGCACCGGGGGUGCUAGUGGGGUCUUAGGCCAUGCUUGGUGCUCAGAGAUGCUACCACAAUCGGGAUAAUAAAUAUCGUUAAUUUAUGACCUUUUUGGUGCCUAGAGAUGGUGUCAGAACCAAUGUAUUCCCCUCGAAAGAGAUCAGGGUUGAAUUUCUGCUUUAAAAUAUUUGAGUCAGUUUUGGAGGCUGUUAGUGAAAUGGGAUGGAAAUUCCACACCUCCUGCAUUUCUGAGGUAGAAUUUUUGUUCUACUCCCCAACCCCAGUGAAAUUUGAAAUUGUAAUGAACUUUUUUGUUUGGUUGAAAGCUUUCAUUGAAAUACUGGGAUAUGAAGUUUUACAACCACUGACGUGUUGAGAAAUGCGGAUAGAAAGUAUUCAGAGAGAUUCAGAAUUCUGCUGGAAAAUAUCAAAAUUCAAAAUGUUGACAGAAAAUGUUUUGUUGAAAUUGGAAACGGAUGCAAAACUUCAUUGGAAUUUCAAAGUGUGAUUGAGGAAAAAUGUCAGUGAGAUUUGCCAUCAUGGGAGACAAUAUCAAAAUUGAAAUGUCAGUGAAAAUGUGGUCGUGAAAUUUGAAACUGAUGAAAAAUGUCAUUGGAAUUUUCAUUUUUGUAGGGGGAAAAUUUCAAUGAGUCUCAAAAUUCUGAUGGAAAAUAUCCAAAUUAGUAGUGCCACUGGAAUUUUUGGGUUGAAAUGCUUAUGAUAUUUUGAGGAGGAAUUUUGUUGGUGCUCAAAAUUGAGAUGGAAAAUAGCAAAAAUUGAAAUGUAGCUGAAAAGUUUUCACUGAAACUUGACAUUUUAAUGCACAUUUUCAUCGAUAUUUGAGGCAUCUAUGAGAAUGUUGGAAUUAAAUUUUAGAGAGAUGAAAUUUUGAUGAAAAAUGUCCCAAUUUGAAAUGUCAAUGAAAAAAACCUUUUUGAAAAUUUGAAA